CGAGGCAGAUGUGAUCGGAUAUGACGAUGAGAUUCAGGGUGAGGCUGAUCAUCAGCGAGAUAAAAAUUGCUUCUUGCUAAACUUGCCACGUGGAUUAAUGAGCUAGAUGUGCUGUACUCACGGCGCGCAGCGCCGCUGCCCUCACAGGUUGGAUACUUAUAGAGAGCCGGCGGCGGCGGCGGCGGCGCUGCUGCUGUCGUUGUCCAGGAUCGUACCACGUGUACAGCAAUGCGGAUGUGAUCGGAUAUGGCGGCGAUGAGAUUCACGGUGAGGCUGAUCCACGAGAAAAACUGUUUCGUGAACUUGCCACGUGUGUUAUGGGGCAUACUCUCCUCACGGCGCGCAGCGCCGUCCUCGCUGGUUGCGGAGCUGUCGGCGACGGAUCGAAGCGCGGCGGAGUUACACGUGUGGCACGUGGGCUGGGCGGGAGCGGCGGCUGCCGGCGAUGACGUGGAGGUCCCGGCCGUGCUGGCAAGAUGUCUGGGCAUCAAGGACGGGAUCUCUGUGACCGUUAAGAUCAGAUCUGACGUUCCUAAGGCAGAUGUCAUUGUCGUCGAGCCGGUGACUGAAGACGAUUGGGAACUUCUGGAGCUGAACAGAGAGUACGUGGAGGAGCAGCUGCUCAACCAGAUUGCAGUUUUGAAAGACGCCCAGCACUUCCCAAUAUGGGUUCAUCAGCAGUCCCUUCUGCACAUGAAGGUGCUGUCAACAUCUCCCGUCAAUUUGGUACGCCUUAGUCGCGGGUGCGAGUUGGUGGUCGCAUCCAAAGCGCGCCGACGCCCUCUUGAUGGGCGUGGCGUCGCUGGUGGCGGGAAACCGGCCAAUCCGAGAGGCAAACCUAAACCUAACAAUGGAAGGAUCGAAACGCCAUCGGCUGUGCAGAACAGGCCGGUGACAUCUGCUGCUGCUGCUGCGGCUGCUGCGGCUGCUGAAGAGAAUGGAGGAGAAGAUGCCACGUCAGUGGUUGAGCAGCUCAGCACCAAUCAGAUUGGGUGUAAUAAGGAAGGAUCAGUGAAGUCUCCCCGUGCAGCCUUGCUGCGAGUUCAAGACUUACAUGUCAAUCUUGUGAAGAUCUCCUCCUCCCCCUCCUCCUCCUCUAGUCAUCGAGGAGGAGGAGGAGGAGGAGGAGGAGGAGGAGGAGGAAGUACGACUGGAGGAGGAGGUGGAGGAGGUUGCUGGCAUGUUAAGUCCUUCCCUACCAAUUCCGUUUAUGUGUCUUCAGCUACCGCUAAAGCAGCAGGAUUCUGUGAUGGACAGCUGGUGAUUGUGCAGGCUUUGCAGCGGUACGGGGCCAAUCGCUUCUUGCACCGGGGAGAGGAGGCGGCGGUGGAGGAGGAGGAGGAGGAGGAGGAGGAGGAGGAGGAGGGAGAAAGGGAGGAUGAAAGGAGGAGUAGUAAUGAUUAUGCAACGGGUGGCCAAACAGGACCCUUGGGAGAUGACUAUAGUGGGAGGAAGGGGAUGUUUGGGAAGGGGGGAGAUUAUGAUGGCAGAAGCCUGCAGAGGGGCUUUCAGGGAGGGAGGCACAGAGAGCUGGGUGGGAAGGAAGAGGAGAGAGAGAGAGCACAGAUGUUGGGAGGUGGGGGAGGGGGUGAUCUUGCACAAAAGGGGGUGGGGACGGGGGGAGAUUACCCCCAAGGAACUCUAGCAGCAGGUCCAGUGCUAGCCAAUCUGCUGAUUUCGCCAUUGGUUGCACCAGAUCAUGUGAUGAUUUCCUUGCCUCUGCGCCAGCAGGGGGGGCUUCACCUCUUCACUUGGGUCAUUGUAAAAUCGGACCCCUUCUUGUUACCCUCCCCGUUGGGGAGUGGUUUACUAAAGGGGGUGAAGCUGAUUCCACUAAUUCCAGUGAUUGACUCGGCAGCAGGCCAAAGGCAACAGCAUGAAGAUCCAGAGGAGGAGGAGGAGGAGGAGGAGGAGGAGGAGAAGGGAGGCCAAAAGAAGAAGAAGCAGGGCCCUAGAGAGGGGCAAUGGCAGGGACAGGGACAUGGAGGUAAUUCAGAAAGUCAGGGGAAUGGGGAACUAUCACUGACGAGUAGAAGCAGGUACCCAACGAAGAAGCACACUUACAGCCACAAGGAUAUGCAUUUGAUUGCCUCAACUGCCAUGGUGGUGUCACGAGGAAGGGCACAGGUUCAAGACUACUCAGCGCCUGGUCAUAUUGUUGUACACGAAGAUGCUGAAACCCUGCUCAAGUUUUGGAUGUCGAUGCAUGCAACAAGCACUGAAGGAGGAGGACAGGGUACAUCAGCAGCAGAGAUGAACACACAGGGAAACUUCUCUCAGGGGAGGAGGGGCCGUGUUCUCUUGGUCGAUGGCAUGGUACUCCACCUCUCCUUCCAGCUGUUAGAAGAAGUAGGAGGAACGGCAAUGGGACCACCACUGGGACCCGAAUCGAGACUGGAACUGGGACUGGGACUGGGACUGGGACUGGGAAUGGCGAUCUCCUCUCCCCCAUCUGUUGAUGGCAACGUCUCAGAGAAUCAAUCGUCGUUGUCGUCAUUGCAUAAUUGUUAUCCUGGGCAAUCUGUUAAGCUUCCCUGGGUCCUGAAAUCACCAAAGGAACUGCUGUUCUGUGUCAGACUUCUGACGUCUGGUAGCAAUAAUGGGAAGCAGCAGGUGGACGGACGGCACGAUCGGAGCUCUGCUGCACUGAGAUCUCCGGACAACAGCGUUUCACAAACUCGGAAAACUCGGACUGAGUUCUCAUAUGCGCUAGUGCAGCUGGAAUGCAGUGAGGCCACCCACGGGCAAACUAUCUUUUCUAUUUCUGGUAAGACUGAUGGUCUGAAUGGGGCAGAGGGUGCUGGAACAGUUAGCCAUCGGCGGGAAUUGAGGAGCUCUGCAUCUGUGCCAAUUCCUUUUGUUGCAGUGGGAGGUCCUCCUCUUCGGUGGAAUCAUGCCAUUCCGGAGAUGGGACAUGGGAAAUCAGUGAAUUUUAAACCAGGUUCAGGUUCAGGUUCAGAUUCAGAGUUUUCAGAUCUUAAGGGCUUGAAGUGGCUCCGUGUACCCGCCAAGGAGAUCCUUACCCGAAUACGGGCUUGUCUCGCUUGGUGGGGUUGGCAAUCUGGGACUGGGGAUGGGACUGGGAAAUCCAGGGUCCGGCCGGGCCUCCUCCCAGCAGCAGGUGGGGUUCUUCUCCAUGGCCCACAGGCAUCUGGCAAAUCGCAACUCGCGAAAGCCAUAGCUGUGGAACUCGCAAACGAUGACUGCUACCUCGCUUACAGUGUGUUCGUCAAGUGUGACAGUCUUGUUGGUGGGCAGAUUGAGCAGCUGAAGAUGCGCAUGGAAGGGGUAUUUCAAGAAGCGCUUGAGCAUGCACCAUCGGUGAUCGUCUUCGAUGACCUGGACGCGCUUCUUCCGAACGAGGAGAGGCAGGACGACGCGGUCGGCGAUGUCGCAGAGCACACGGCAUUGGCAGAGUUCAUUGGGGACCUCAUGGAUGCCUGCCAGGAAGGGCGAUGGGGUGCAAGGCAGUCAAUUACGUUUCUGGCGAUCGCACAGUCUCCCUCGAGCAUCCAUCACAUUCUUCGUGUCUCAGGGAGGCUUGAUUUCGCUGUGCAAUUGCCGGCGCCAGGUGCAGCGGAACGCGCUGCCAUUAUCCAGUCGUGCCUCAGAUCCAAAGGAGUGAACUUUGCAAAAGAUGUGGCUAUGAUGGAGGUUGCGACGCAUUGCGAUGGGUACGAUGCACAUGACAUAGAUGUCCUGGUGGAGCGAGCGAUUCACGUAGCCUCCCGUCGUUAUUUAGCCUCAUCCACUUUGCAUGGCCAAAGGAUUGGCAGUGCUCACGAUGGAGAUGACAGGGAAUGUAACAGCGAUGUUACCACCACCACGUCCACCACUGCAUUGCCCUCAUGGGAGGAGGCAUCAGAGAAGACUACUAGAAAGGAGGCACGCCACCCGUUGGGUGCUGAAGAUGGCCCGUCGCAGGUCUCUGACUCUCUUUUGCAGAUGCGGUUUGUUGAAGGAGAAGUCGAAGAUCGCUGCCACAGGAGGUCUCCGUCGCUGUCGCAGCAAUGGCGACGAUGGUCGUUCACCGUAACAGAAGACGAUUUCGCCGAAGCACAACGCGGCUUUGUGCCCGCAGCAAUGCGAGGAGUCGUCGCAAUUAGUAAUGCUGGUGAUGGGCCUUCACAGAAAGGUUGGGAGGAUAUUGGAGGGCUGGACGAUGUGCGGCGAACACUCCAGGAGAUACUUGAACUUCCCGUAAAGUACGGAAAGUUGUUCUCGAAAGCUCCUCUGCGUCUUCGGUCGGGAAUCCUCCUCUAUGGCCCUCCCGGCUGCGGUAAAACGCAUGUCGUUGGUGCCGCUGCAGCGGCUUGUCACCUGCGGUUCAUCGGCGUCAAAGGCCCGGAGCUGCUGAACAAGUAUAUAGGAGCAAGCGAGCAAGCGGUGCGCGAUGUGUUUGCAAAGGCAUCAGCUGCGGCACCGAGCAUCCUGUUCUUUGAUGAAUUUGAUGCGAUUGCUCCUAAGCGAGGCCAUGACAACACCGGCGUGACUGACCGUGUCGUCAAUCAGCUGUUGACGGAGCUCGACGGGGUAGAGGGAUUAUCUGGUGUGUUCGUCAUCGCGGCAACGAGCCGUCCGGAUCUCAUAGACGCAGCUCUGCUUCGUCCCAGACGACUGGAUCGCCUUCUGCUAUGCGAUUUCCCCUCGGAAUUCGAGCGCAAGGAGAUACUGAACGUGCUGGCACGUCAGCUUCCACUUGCAGCUGACGUGGAUCUUAGUGACAUUGCAGCUUCCACUUGCAGCUGACGUGGCUUUAGCGGUGCCGAUCUUCAAGCUGUGCUGAGCAACGCGCAGCUGGCGGCCAUUCACAGCCACCUGGAUCGCGAAACUGUCAGUCAAAGUCAACCUAAAGAUGCUGCCUCUCCUAAUGCAUUGCCCGGUGCUGCGCCUGUGGUAACUAUGGAGCACCUGCAGAAAGCUGUCAGCGUGGCCCGACCCUCCAUAUCGCAAAUGGAAAAGACGCGACUCAAUGACAUCUACGAGAGCUUCAUUGGUUCGCGGAAAGCGGGACCGUCGAAGGAAAUGAAGGGAAAAAGAGCAACUCUAGCAUGACAUCCAUCAUCCACCAAAAGAAGGAGAAGGAAGACCUGUGUUGUUGCUGUUGUUGUUGUUGUUGUGUUUUUUUUUUUUUCCGUCUUCUUUGGAGUACUAACUAGGAGACUAUGAGGAGGAGGAGGAUCCAAAGAGUGGUUUUAUUUUUUGCUGCUUUUUCUUUUUCACCGCGGGGGGGGAGGUAAGGGAGGAGAAGGCGAGCUGUCUGUGUGUUUUCACUGGUGUGCGUAGAAGCAUUUUUUUUAAAGAGGGAAGGAGGGAAGAAGGGAAACAGAUACGAAGGAAAGAGUGACCAGGAUGGAGAGAGAGGAGGAAAGAAGUGAACAAAAAAAAAAGGAGAAGAAGAAGAAGAAAAUGUAAUCACUAAUUACCAUGGACUGGGUGCAAUAAUCCAUUGAAAAAUUUGAAACAUGAAAAUGGUGAAAGGGGAAAGGGGCAAAAACGGAAGAAAGAAAAGAAGGGAAGUGGUGCAGGCGAAGAUUUGCCUGGGUCCUGAGACAAGAAUAAAAAUCCACACAUAUUUUUGAUGAAAAGAGGAUUAGGACCAGGUUCAUGCUUUCCAAGCCCGGCGGUGAAGGCCAUGCAGAGGAGGCGGAGGAGGUGUGUGACGACUACGAGAAUGGGUGGGUAGGAGUCUUACGUAUGCUUACAGAGAUUUUGUAGACUUGGGCAUAUGCUACUUUCUGUGCGAUUUUUGUCCAAAAAAAAAAAAUCAAAAUUCUAAAUUUAU